AUGGCGCGGCAGUCCGACCGUGCCGGGGGUGUUGGGGAGGCUAUUCCGCUUCGCCGGCAUCGUUCAUCUCUGGAAGGGGUCAUCUAUCCUGCACCGCAACGCUUAGCGCCAGAAAAGCAUGUUGAAGCUAUCAAGGUUUUUGACAGGCUCAUUCAGCAUUUCGAGCCUUUGCAGGCAUCUAAUGAGGAUUACAAACCGAUGACAUUACUACGCCUUAUGAAGGAAGAGGUCUCAUCAGAAGACGAGUUCCUAGUUCUCUUUUUCAAUCACAUUGAACCUGGUGAACUUGAAGUCACGGAAGCCAGUCUACCUAAGACCCUAGCAAGAUUACACAGCUUUCAGGAAUGGACUUCCGAAGAACGAGAUGCUCUUAAUCAGAGUUUGGCCAACUUCGCUAGUUUUCUGGUGGAUUAUUUUUUCCUCCCACUUAAAUCGUUGGCCGCAAAGACUCCUCAGCCUACGCCGGCAUCCCUUUCCCGUCUCGAUUUGUCAGGAUCCGCUAUUGGUACCCCACAACGUGUCUCUAAUUUGAGAAAAAGCUGCCUUACGCGUGACCGGCAUCGAUGUGUCGUGACCCGAAAGUUCGACACUCGGGAGGCUGAAAUGCGAUACAAGAUUGAUGGAGACAACGUGAAGGAUGAUGAUGGAAAGUCUUUGGAGGAGGAAGCUGAAAACACUGCAUAUCUAGAAGUGGCGCAUAUAAUUCCUCAUUCUUUGAUGUCUCAUAGUGACAUUGAAGGAGAGUCCAAAUUGACUGAGCGAAAGCAAGUAGCUCACAAGGUUUUGAAGAUGUUUAACCCCGAUGCUUUCUACCGCAUCAUGGGGACUGACAUUGACCGACAAAUGAACGCGCUUACCAUGACCCAUGACGUUCAUCAAUCGUUCGGUAAUUUCGAGAUUGCGUUCGAACCAGUCCAGAAUCAGCCACCACACACGUACAAAAUCGACUACGUAAAUUCAAACCGCAGAUUUCGGACCCACGCACUUCCUGUUACUCGCACGCUCUAUAUAACCCCGGACAGAAAUAUAGAGCCGCCUUCUGCCCAACUUUUGGAUCUACAUCGUGCUAUCGGGCGCAUUCUUCAUCUUAGUGGCGCAGGUGAAAGGGUCGACAAAAUUAUUCGGGACAUGGAUGAUAUAAAAGGGGGAGAAGUCUGCUCUAACGGGUCGACUCGUAUUGACGAUUACGUUCGUUAUAAACUUACAGCUGAACUUCACCAGAUGCCUGUUUUUUAA